AUGGGGACCUGUUCCUCUGGACGAGUUCGUGAACCCCCAGAGAGCGAACUUACGGACAUCCUCGUCACUAUUUCCAAUAUUGUACAACCAGAGGUGUUUUCUUCCUUAAUCGAUCUUUUAAAACACCACGAAAUCAUUUCUGAUUCAUGGAAAAGGAGGACGGCAAAGGCCUCUUCUCCGAGGGUGCGAUAUGUUUCAAACGUAGAGCAUUGGUAUAAAGUUAAUAAAGAUAAUGAGAGACACGGGAGUAAAAGGUCUCCUACAGGACAUCAGCAGCAGAAGAACAAUCGAGAUGACGAGAAAGGGCGAUUACAGAAUGAGGAACAAACUUCGAGGAUCCAACUUCAAGAAAUGGCGCUAGUCCCUUCAACAUUAGAUUUACCUGAAGAUGAUCAUUUAAAGCACCCGAAAAAAAUUAUGGAAGAGAAAAGCAGCCAACUUCAGUCAACAGGUAUCACAGAAGAACGUUUGAGACAUGAACAACAGUCAGCAAGUUCUUAUAAUUCUCUAAUUGAGAGCAGGACUGAUUGUCUCCGGAAUGAGAUGUUUGUUAAAAUUAUGUGUUCGCGAAGUAUACAAACAGAGAACUGUUACCGUCUCAAACCAAAAAGUGUGCAAACCCUGACACUCGAAGAAAGGGGGAAAGAAAAUGUCCAGACACAGACUUCCGAGAGCACAGCAGAAGAAAGUGCACAAGUACAGACUUCUGAUGUCAGAAAGAGAGAAAAUAAGCAAAAUGUUUCAGAAUCAUUUAAAAAUACAAUGUCUGGAAUAACAGAAUGCGAUAGAAAGGGAAACUGUUUGUUGUCGAAAACUUUUGAGGAAACUGAUAAAUUACAGAGUAGCAACCAUAAGUAUGUUCAGCGUAAGGUAGAAAAACAUGUUAAAAGAGAUCCAAGGAAAAAACGUAAUCGAUGCACAAAAGAUAAGCUGGACCAAUCCAUUCUGCAUGGCACAGAGGAACAGGCAACGUUUCGAGAGAUGGAAAUGGCUCAGAUUUCUUCCAAACUUAAGGAAAUGCAGCAAGAAAAUGACGCACUGAGACAGGAAAUUGGUGCACGUGAAGAUGAACUUAAGACUAUGAAGUUAAGCAGAGAUCAACUGUCGCUGGACCUGGAAACAUCACAGCAGGAGUAUCAUGAAACCUGUUCUGACCUGGAGGAACAGAUAGGUUCACUCAAGAGGGAUAACUCUGCUUUGUCGUCUAAAGUCGAAAAAUUACAACAAAAUGCUUCUAUUUUGAAAAGAAAACUAGGUGAUACUGAAGAGGAGCUUAAGACUGUGGAUUUGAACAAAAACCGACUGACGCAGGACAUUGGAUCAGUACGACAGGAGUAUCAAAAAACUCGCACAGACCUGAAGGAGGAGAUUGCGUCACUCAAGGGAGAUAACUCUAUGAUGUCGUCUAAAAUCAAACAUUUCCAAACAAUGAAUUCUUUUCUGAAAGAACAACUCGCUCGCAGUGAAGAAAAAGUGAAGAGUAUGGAGAUAAACAAAACCCAACUGACACAGGACCUGGAAACAGUAAGACAGGAGUAUCACAAAAUACAUACAAACCUGGAGCAACAGAAUGUGUCUCGAGAGAGAGAUAAGACUGCUUUGUCGUCCACAAUUGAAACAUUACAACAAACUGUUUCUGAACUGAAAAGACAACUAGGCGAGAGUGAAGGCAAUCAGCAGGCAUUACAUUUAAUCAAAGAACAAUUGACACAGAACCUGGAAACAGUGCGACAGGAAUAUUCCAAAACUAGUACAGACUUGAAGGAACAUAUUGGUGGGCUUGAAACACAACUAGAUAUCGGCAAAAGGAACCUGAACACUAUACAGACAGACAAAGAAAAGUUGGCUAAUGAACUAGAAACAAUACGGCAGGAGUAUAAAAUUACCCGUGCUUCACUGGAGAAACAGAUUGUGUCUCUUAAGGGAGAUAAGAUUGCUAUGUCAUCCGAAGUCGGAAAUUUAAAACGAAAUGUUGCUAUGCUGGAAAGGCAACUCGAUGCAGACUACCAAAGGUCUGAUUCAGAAGAUGGACAGAUUGUCGAUACCAUUGGUCUACACUGGAGAAACGAGCCUAUAUUCGAUAAGCAGUACCUAAAGAACUUGAAGGAUGAGAUUGAACACUAUUGGCCACUGAGGAACAUGGGUGUGUCCGAGGAAGCCCUACAACAAGUUAAUAUCCUCUUCAUUGGACCCAUUGGCGCCGGGAAGUCGAGCUUUAUCAACUCAGUAGAAUCUGCUUUCCGUGGUUAUGUAACAUUGACUGCUGGCGCCGGAAGUAGAACUAGGAGCUUAACAUCCGCGUAUCAAGAGUAUGCAAUGUCAGCAACAGACAACAAACGCACCAUGAAGUUCCGGUUGUGUGACUGUAGAGGUCUGGAGGACAGAGCUAGCAUCAGCAAAGAUAUCAGUUCUAUUUUAGAGGGACACAUUCCUAACAGUUACAGGUUCAAUACCUCGUUCCCAAUGAAACCCCAAAUGUAUGGAUACAAACACGAUCCCAAACUAGAGGACGAAAUCCACUGUGUGGUAUAUGUGCUGGAUGCCACUUCAUACUCCCAAGAACUUGGUAUACCAUUCAUGACGGACCCUGUUAAGGAGACGAUCAAGGCUAUUCAAGAUAUUGUUGACAAGAAAGGAAUUCCUCAACUGGUUAUACUGAGCAAAGUGGACACAGUUUGUGAAUUGACAAGACAUAGUACGUCACAGGUAUACCGGAGUCCCGUUAUCAGACAAAGGUGUAUAGAUGCUGCUGGUUUUCUCGGAGUACCUCCCAUGACAGUGCUGCCAAUGAAGAAUUAUUUUAUGGAAACGUCUAUCGUGGAUGACAUCAGCAUUCUUGCCUUAUAUAACAUCCGCCAGAUGUUGAGAGCUGCCGACUCUUUUCUCCGUGUCAACCAUCUCGAUCAACUCAAGGAGAAGCAUGCAUAG